AUGGCUGCCCGGCCGACCGGCCAGCCAGCAGGCCAGACACAGCCAGUCCGCCCCGGACGAAUGAACGAGCAGAGGUCGGCCGCCGCCGACGACGACGACGAACACACACAAGCACCAGCAGUAAACAACGACGAGCGUGUUGAUGAUGAUGGUGAUACACAUUCACAGUGCCCAUAUUGGCUACUGGCUCCGCUCACGAAAGUGCACACAUUGCGAUCAGCUAUAUCGCCUACCGUAACCCCGCAAGUCUGUAGUAUUGCGUCGUUCCGAGCGCGAUUCCCAUUCCGACUAUGA